ACAGUGAUGAGGAAAGCCCGACCAAGGAGCUGAUGGACACUUUUAACAGAUUCUAAACUAUUUUCUUUUGCCUUGUUUCAUGCAUUCUUUUGUGAUAUUUCUGGACUUAACAAAGCAGUUUGAGAGUCUUUAGUUGUAACAGUUCUGCUGCAAAAAUGUCAAACGACGAGGAGACACCACUGCUGAGAAAAAGGCCAGAAAAGAUCCGUAACUCCAGACUGUUCCUGGCCGUCUUCUCUGCUGUCCUGGGAAACUUCAAUUUUGGUUACUCCUUGGUGUACCCCUCCCCUGUCCUGCCCGUGCUGCAGGGCCCUGACGCUGACCCCAGACUGAGGAUGGACAAUUCCCAGGCCGCCCUGUUCGGCUCCAUCUACACGCUCGGGGCCGCGGGCGGGGGUCUCGGGGCUAUGCUGCUCAACGACAUGAUUGGACGAAAGAUGAGCAUAAUGUUAUCAGCUGUUCCCUCUUCUAUUGGGUACAUGCUGAUGGGAGGGGCUUUUAACGUGGAGAUGCUUUACGUGGGACGGUUUCUUACAGGUUUAGCUGGAGGAAUGACUGCAGCAUCUAUACCUGUUUACAUCUCUGAAAUCUCCCAUAAGGCAGUGCGAGGGGCUCUGGGCUCCUGUCCUCAGAUCACUGCAGUGGUCGGGACGUUAACUCUUUAUGUACUUGGUUUGUGGGUGCCUUUUCGCUGGUUGGCCAUAGCGGGAGGGGUCCCAGCUGUGCUCAUGGUCGUGUUGUUGUCCUUCAUGCCGUCCUCUCCCAGGAGGCUGCUGUCUUUGGGCAGAGGGGAUAAGGCAGAACAGGCCCUGCGCUGGCUCCGGGGUCCAGACUAUGACCCCAACCCAGAGAUCAGUGGAAUACAGCACAGUAUCCGCAUGCAGACCAAGUUGUCCUGGUCCCAGCUGAGGAAACCUGAGUAUUAUAAACCAAUCUUGAUCUCUGUGGUGAUGAGAUUCCUUCAGCAGAUGACAGGCAUCACUCCAAUCCUUAUUUACCUCCAGCCCAUCUUCAACAGGAGCAACGUGUCCCUCCUCCCAGAGUAUGAUGCAGCUCUGGUGGGAGCGGUGCGAUUGUUCUCGGUGAUGUUGGCAGCCAGUUUAAUGGACAAAGCCGGGCGUAAAGCUUUGUUGUACACGUCAAGCCUGGUCAUGUUUGUCGCCUCCCUCUCGAUGACGAUCACAUCACACACCACUCCCUGUCCGGGCACUCCGAACAGCACGGUCCUGAACUACAACUCCCACAAUGCCCUGGGAAAUGGUACAGACUUCAGCCAAAAUAAUGCAAGCAUCUUUCCCGUCAUAAGCACCAUGGUGUUUAUCUUUGGAUACGCCAUGGGGUGGGGCCCGAUCACCUGGCUGCUGAUGUCAGAGGUGUUGCCGUUGGUGACGAGGGGCGUGGCCUCGGGGGUGUGCGUGACGGUCAGCUGGUUGACUGCGUUCGCGCUCACUCACGCCUUCACUCUCAUGCUGGACUACGGCCUGUACGUGCCCUUCCUGCUCUUCACUGUGGUGUGCGUGCUGUGCCUCUUCUUCACCGCCGUGGUCAUCCCGGAGACCCGCGGGCGCUCGCUGGAGGAGAUUGAGAACUACUUCAGGACGGGGCGCUCCUUCACCAUCAGCAGCCGCAGCCCCUCUGUGCGGGAGUCCACCUGAACCACACAGACUAUAGCUGUAGAUCACUAUAGUUUUGUUCCAAGAGUAAAGUAAAGAGUCCGCUGAGCUUUGUCACACACUCUGAGUCGCCCCGAACUCAAAUAAAUCAUAGUCCUGUACAAGUGUAGAACUAUAGUCAGUCAUUACAAUUAUAUUUUGUUAAUUUUAACCCGUUUGCAGUGGUCCAAAGUUACUCCCUGUGCACUCCAAACAUCCAAAUUACUCACUGCGAUGAAUUUAUAAGCUCUUUUCACAGCUCUCAGACACCAAAGUGGAGAUUUGCUGUAAGGAAAAAGCAAUAAAACCUUUUCUAAUGAGCAGAGAGGACGCAGUGGACUCAUUUUGACCUUAAGUGCUGCUUAGACAAUGGAUCUGCACUGGGACAAAACAAAUGUAGCUUAAAUACACGUGGAAAAAACUGAUAUGAAUGAUAUUGAUGUGCAAAAUGAUGUAAAUUUAACCGCAAAGAACUUUUUUUUUUACACAAAUAUGAUUCACUUUAACCCUCCCUUCCCCAACAAAAACAGCUUUAAACUAAUGAUUGUGUUUUCUUAAAGGUGCACAGAGAUCCAGGUGCAAGCAGGUGACAGAGAGGAGCUUUAAGUGUAAAUAUAACCAGUGAUUUCUGUUGUAUUCUUGAAGCAGAGGCAUUUUUCUUCCAUGAUGAGUCCACCCUUUGUAAUCACUCUAAUACUUUAAUUAAAUCGUCCAGUGCGUUUGUUAGUGAUAAAUAGUUUCGGCCCAAGAAACGCCUUCUACGACACGCGGUUUAUAGAACUAUUAACACAUAAAACAUAACACAAUGCAAAUAUGCUGAUUAAUUAGACAUACAUGCACUAGAUUAGCUGAGCCAGAACAAGUUGAUGGCUACUUCCAGUGAUAUGCUACUGUCAGGUCGAACAAGCCAGGUGACAUGCCCCGCCUAAGAUAACAACUCCCUGCAUCGACCGCGAUCAUUCAAUCAACAGCUGGGCAGAGGGAGUGAAGUAGGGCAGACAAACAUAAACAUGUAUCUAAAGUAAAUAGUGCAACAAGUACAACAAUGUGCUAUACUGUAUAAGAAAUGAAAUGUAAAUGUGUGUCUUUUAUGUAGUACUUUUAUGAUAUAAUGUGUGUCUUUUAUGUAGUACUUUUAUGAUAUAAUGUGUAUUUUUUGGUAAAACAAACAAUAAAUUCAACCGGUUUC